AUAUACUCAGCAACAACAACAGCAACAAUCUAUUUAUCUUAGUCAACCUCGUCCAUCACAAGAAUCAAGUCGAUAUCCAAUGAAACAACAAGUAUUUCCACCUAACCAUCCACUUGCCAAUAUGCCUGUACCUUUAUCUCCUUCUACUCAUACCCUUUAUCAACAACAACAAAGUCGUUUACAAUAUUAUCAUUCACGUGCUCCUGUUUAUGUUCAAAAACCCUCCUUUGGAUUGACUGAUUUUGACCUAUUAGAUACCUUGGGUACUGGUACAUUUGGUAGAGUUUAUUUAACAAAAUUCAAAACAACCAAUAAGUUUUAUGCAAUGAAAGUACUCAAGAAGUCCGAAGUAGUGCGUUUGAAACAAGUUGAACAUCUUUUAUCAGAAAAACAAAUAUUAGCAUCAGUACGAUUCCCAUUUAUUGUAGAUUUAUUUUGUACUUUUCAAGAUGAUGUCAAUCUUUAUAUGUUACUGGAAUAUGUAGUAGGUGGCGAAUUAUUUUCUCAUUUACGUCGUGCUGGUCGUUUUACAAACGAUAUGACAAGAUUCUAUGCAUCUGAAAUUGUAUUAGCUAUUGAAUAUCUACAUUCAAAAAAUAUUAUUUACAGAGAUCUUAAACCAGAAAAUUUAUUGAUCGAUCAUCAAGGACAUAUCAAAAUCACUGACUUUGGAUUUGCGAAAAUAGUAGUGGAUAGAACAUGGACUUUAUGUGGUACACCAGAAUAUCUAGCACCUGAAAUCAUUCAAAGCAAAGGUCAUGGAAAAGCAGUGGAUUGGUGGGCUCUUGGUAUUCUCAUCUUUGAAAUGUUGGCAGGAUACCCACCAUUCUUUGAUGAUAAUUCUUUCGGUAUUUAUGAAAAAAUCUUGGCUGGCAAAGUUCAAUUUCCUGCACAUUUUGAUCCAUUGGCGAAAGAUCUUUUAAAACGAUUAUUGGUAGGUGAUAGAAGCAAACGACUUGGUAAUCUCAAGGGCGGAUCUGAAGAUGUGAAACGACAUAAAUGGUUCCGUGGUGUGGAUUGGUUAGGAUUAUUGGAAAAAAAUGUACGAGCACCUAUUAUACCAUCUUAUCAUCAUCCUGGCGAUACAAGCAACUUUGAAAAAUACCCUGAAACUCCUGAUACUGAUCGAAAUGCUCCUCCUGGCGAAGACCCUUACAAGGAUCUAUUUAUUGACUUUACCUGAUGUGUCCUUAUUUGUCUUUCUUUUUUUUUUUCUUUACUUUUUUGUGUAUUAGAUAUUAUAUCAUUCUUUUCACCAUCCAUUAACUCUCUUUUUCACUCACAUACACACUCAUAUAUACACACACAUUUAGUAUACGUCUUUUUUCUCCUGUUUUCAUUUUCUCCCUUUUUUUUUUGAUUCUCCUUCUUUUUUCUUCUUCUUAUAGUCUAUAUAUAUUUAUAUAUCUUUCUCCUCCCUUUUCUUUCUCAUUCGAAAAAUAUCUAUCUACGUAUAGCUUCAUAUAUUUAUUACUCUUUUAAUGGUUGACAAACAUCGAUGAUGACAACAAUAAAUCUUAUUCUUUUUUUUUUUCUUUGACGAUAAAUAAU